AUGGAAGAAUAAUUGUCACAGUAAUUUGAUUGUAUCAAAUUUAUUGAGUCCCAUCUAUAAGGUACAUAAGAUAUUGAUAUGUAAUUAACUGAUUUAUCAUUUCAACUACAAUUAUUGAAAUCAGAUUCAGAAGAAUAAAUUAUUCAAGAAACUAAAUCAAUUUACUAAAACCAAGACUAAAUUAUUCAAGAUACUUAAUAAUUAUUUAAAGAAUUGAUUGAUUAUAAAGAACUCCAAGAUUUAUAUAUAAGUCAAACUUUGCCAUUUUUAUCAUAAGAUAAUAAAUUGUAUUAAAAAAUGGAUGAAUGUUUAAGAUACAAAAAAAAUAUUAGAGACAGUUUAGAUAUGUUUGAAAUUGUAAUGCAAUUAGAUUAGAUAUAUGAAUAAUAUUAAAAGAUAAUUGAAGAUAAUGAUAUUUAGUAAUUGUUAGAGAAUAUCAAGAAUAAUAUUAGAAUUUUUAAAAUCCUAUUACAAUUACCAAAAAUGAGUCCUAGAUAUGGACAAAUAGAAAAGAUUGUAAAUUUGAUUGAAUAAUAUUGUCAUCAGGAAUUAUUCACAUCUAAAUAAUCAUAAUAAAAAUUAGAAAUACUAGAUUUACUUGAUAUUUCAUCAAGGGCAUCCAGUAUUUAUUUGUAGUAGAGAUUAAAAGUGAUUGAUCUAUCAUAAUUAACUUUAAAUGAUUUAUUGAAUACUUAAGAUGCUUAAGAGUUAGUUCAUCUUAUGAUUUCAAUUACUGAUAAUGAAUUACAAUAUUUGAGAAAUAUGAAUAAUUUUUAAUCAUUUUUCUUUGAAUUUUUGAAGUACUUAAUAUCAUAUUUUAAUAAAAAUCUAUUUAAGCAGUAUUUCAACUUUGAAAAUUAAUAUAAUAGAAAUUUAGAAGUAUUUAAUUUAUUAUUAAUUAUUAGUUCUUAUAUGGUUAUUUAACCUAUUAUAAUAUUUUAUAAUCAUAUUCAGAUAAAGGUUAUUUAUAACCAAAACAUUUUGAUUAAAUAUUAAAACUUGCAUUUGAACCUUAUAGUACUAUAAUCAAGAUUAUAGUAAAAAAUGAAUGUCAAUUUCUUUAAGGAAAUAUUAAUUUUUAGAUAGAUUCUACAAAGUCAAUUAAUGAGAAAUUGGCAAGUUUUGAUUUUAAUAAAUAAGAUAUAUUGGAAUAAUCAUUUAAAAGAUGUUAUGAUUUAAGUUUUUAGAUAGCAUUUGAAGAUUGGGUAUUUGAAUGUAUUAAGAUUUUGGAUAAUUUAUUAAUAAUAUUGAAUUAAAUUAUAGACGAAAUACCUUUAGAUUAAUUUGGAUAAUACAUUUAAUCAAUUAUCAAUUAAUCUGAAAAUUAAUAAUUCAUUAAAGGAACCAAUUCAAAAUUUUAAAUGAAACUUAAUAUUUCUUUAUUUGAAUUACUUAUAACUAAACAUUAUGAAUUACAUAAUUUUAGAAUGAAUUAGCUAGUUGAAUUAGAUACUUUUAUUAGAAAAACAAUUGAAAAAAAUAUGGAAGAAGAAUUAUUAAGAUAGAUAUCUUAAAUUAUAAGAGAAAGUAUAAUAUAUUUAUAUAUAAAAUAGAAUUAUAAAUGAAUAGAAAUAAAGCUAUUUUAAAUUAAUAUAUGGAAACAUUAUCUUUAACAUCUGCACUUAGAUAAUUAAUUGAAGAAUGUGAAAAUAAAUUGUCUAUUCAUAUACUUAGAUUAUUAUUAUAAGAUAGUUUAAAUUAGGAUUAAGAUUAUAUUCACUCAUUUACAACAAAUUUAGAAUUAAUUGAAAACAUUUUUAAAUCUAUAAAGGCUAAUAAAAUCAAUUUUAAAGCAUGUGUGAAUUUGAAUUAAAAUGUUUCAUAUGAAGAAUUAGAAGAAAAAUCAAAAAAUAAUUAUUUUAGUCAACCAACUUGUUUUUGGGCUACAAUGCAUAUAUUAGUAGAAACUAAGUUCAUUUAAAUCAAAGAAUUAAAACCUUUUUAUGAAAAAUUUGUUAUAUAUGAUAAUUUAUAUAAAUGAUUCUUAAACAAUGCAGUUCCAAAGAAGGUUUCGAUUCAUCUAGUGAUGAUGAAUAUCUUGAUUAGUUUAAAACUAAAUGCAGAACCUUAGAUUAUUAUGAAGGACGUAAUAAAGAAGAGGAAAAAAAACAAUACAAUUCAUAAACUGUACAAUAAUAUCGAAACCUCACUUUAAAUGUUUCUGAGUUGACAUUUAAUAAUUCAACUAUAUUUUUAGGAUAACCAUUUUAUAAUACACAAUAAAUACACAAUUUAAUUGAAAACAAAGAAAAUUCAAAUGAUUUUGAAUUUUAACCUUAAAUAUUGAGACCAUUUCUAGGAAUGUUGAAAUAAGGAAUAUAAUUUAGUUCUACCUUUGAAUCUGGUAAUUUAGAUCGUGUAGAUUAUGUAAUAUUUCUAAUUUUUAAAAUAGAUUUCAAAUGAAGAAUAUAAUUUAUUCAUGAGAAUUGAUACAAAUUCUAUCGGUCAUAGUAAUUGGUUUUAUUUCAAAACUACAAAUAACUAACUCAAUAAAAUUAAAUUUAAUAUCUGCAAUUUUACAAAACCUUAAAGUCUAUAUACAAAAGGAAUGAAACCUUAUAUUUUAUCAAAAAAAGGAUCUUAAAAGUAUUUUACAUAAUAAGGAGAAUUUAUUAAAUAUUAUCAAGUAGGUGAACUUUAUGUAUUAUCUUUCAUAUAUUAAUAUGAAUAUGUAGAUGAUGAAGUUGAAUUUGCCACUCUUCCACCAUAUAAAUAUACUGAAUUAAGAAGAAAAAUUAAAAAAUGGCAUAAAAAAUAUAAAUAAUAUUUAACAAAAUUAAAAUUAACAACUACACUUUCUGGUCUUGUUUUACCUUUACUUGUUAUAACAGAUAAAAACAUCAAUAAAAAUAAAAAAAUUAUAAUUGUAACUGCUCGAAUUCAUCCUUCUGAAACUUGCAGUUCAUUUAUGAUGUAAGGAUUUAUAUAAUUUUUAUUAAGUGAAUCAUUCAUGGCAUCAUAUUUAAAAAAAAAGUAAAGUUUUUUUAAUUAUACUUAAGUAUCAUUUUUAAAAUUAUUCCAAUGUUAAAUCCAGAUGGUGUGAUUGUUGGUAAUUUUAGAAAUGGAUUAAGUGGAGUUGAUCUUAAUAGACAAUUCUUAGAAACUGAUUUAACCUUAUUACCAGAAGUUAAAGCUUUAAAAAGUUUAAUUGAAGACAAUUCUACUUAAUUAAUAGGCUAUUUGGACUUUCAUGGACAUUAAGUAAGAAAAAAUAUAUUUCUUUAUGGACCAUAAUCCAAUAAUGCAAACUUAUAUUCGAAAAUAUUUCCAUUGAUACUUCAACAAAGGCUGGAAUCCUUUAGAUAUAAAUCUUGUGAAUUUGGAAUUCCAAAAUUCAAAAUGGGAACAGCAAGAGCAUUUGCUAAUUGUUUUAUUGAUGCUUUAUGUUAUACAAUAGAGGCUUCAUUUUGUGGAUAUUAAAAGGGAAAAUCAUUUAAAUUUAUUUCAAAAGAUUGGAUACAAGCUGGACAAUGUAUUGGAGAAACCUUAUUUUUAUAUUUUAAUUUUAAAUAAGUAAAUUCAAAACAAUUAAGUAAACAUAAUCAUUAUUUUUAGAAUAAAACUAACUUAUGAAAAUCAUAAAUGAAAUGUCAAGUAAAGUUGAAUAAACUGAAGCAAAACAUGAAUCUGAUGAUUAAAAUGAUAGUCAAUCAGAUGCAGAAAUAUUUGAAGAUUAUGAUAAAGAUAAGUUGGCAAAUUUAUAAAGUUAAAUGAAGGCAGAAUUAAGCCAAUAGAAUUUAGUUGUUAUUAAUAAUGGAGAUUCUCAAAGAAAACGUAUGAAAGCUUAAACAGUAUCAAGAAAAAUUAAGAUUUAACCUAUUAUUAUGAUGAAUAAAAGUAAUUAACAUUAAUUAGUUAGAGAUCAAAGAAAACCUAUAGUAUAUCCAGAAUUAAAUAUUUAAAAUUGGGAAUUCUCUAAUAAAACCAAUUAAUCUAUAGAUACUAAAACUAGCUUCUAAUAAAAAGGAAUUAAAAAUAAAAUUUCUUCAUCUUUUAGAUUUGUAUCUAGCAAAAGGGCCAAUUCUCUUCAUGGAACUUCACCAAUUAAUUAAAUUACACAUGAAAUAAAUACAACUUAAUAAAUAUAGCCAACACUCCCUAUAUAGAUUCCAUCAAAACUGAAUUCUAAUAACUUUCCUAUACUUGAAAACAAUAGUUAAAUAUCAACACCUUAAUAUUUGCCUUUCAUUACAAAACUAUUAAAGAGCAAAAGAAUAGUCACAUAGAGUUGA